AUGUCUAUAGGAGUAAAGUCUGAAAAUAUUUUUAAGGUAAAGAAUACUAUUAAGUCUCCUGAGAAAGGCGAGGAGGAUCUGGAGAAGAAAGAAUAUAUAGGCAGACCAAUUAAGAUCAAAAUUAGUGCGGAAGAAGAUUUUACUUCUAGUUUCCUUAAAAUGCCAG